GAGGCUGGAAGAGGAAAGCAACGAGGUUAUGAUAAACGUGAGAUUGGUUGCCAGAAGACGCUGCCACAUCAAAUACCUGUAGGAAGGCAAUCUCUUUCAUCUCCUUCCUCGCAUCACCGAUAAACUCUUUUUGGAUUUGAAUAUUUACGGUUUGGACUGGUUGAGGAGACCAAUGGAACCAACGAGUCGUGCAGAGUGAGGCUGGAAAGGUCACCAGCACUGACAGGGAUCAAACGGGAGCGGAGGCAGUGUUAAUGCGAGCCAUGAGCGUCACCUAGGAGGAAGUGGAUGCCGCGCCUUGAUCCUUCCGCCUGCCCUCGGCACUCGCUGAGGCUAUCCGAGGCACCGGUAGCCGCAUAUAAAGUUGCCUCUUCCCUCUAUCAUCCCGCCUCCGCCGCCUCGCCUGCACCGCCGUUCAAAACUUUAUCAGAAUCGUCUAGCUUGAUUUUGGCAAGAGUGAACGUUGACUGUGAAAGCACCAAUCCAAUAUCGAGAGUUCUGAGGAGUGGUGGUGCUGGCGGCAGUGACGGCGCUGGGACAAGGCCAGAAAUCGGAGAUCACUCUGGACAUACUAGCCGCGGGCGGCAGCUCGGGUGGUGGCGUGCCAGGCUGUUAGUGUGUGUCCUGUACCUAGCUGUUGUUCUUGCACUAAUUAUUUACAUUGAAUCUGCCAGGUUGGUGAUGGUACCAAUCACAGUCUUCCUCAUCGUUCUCUCUCUCGCUCUCUUCGUCAUCAUUCUCUUUUGCGUUUGUUUCGUGGUGUUUCUUUGAUGUUGGGAGCCCAGCAGGAGCACGUCAGCUCCUGCAGGACUCCCGAGGGAAAUAUUAUGUCACUACAGCAACGCCAGUAUUCAGCGGUGCGAGGCUCAGCAGCCUGACUGGCAGUACAGAUCCUGCGACUUCUUUGAUCUGUAGCAGGCUAGCCUCCACUCCCUUGGCACUACACUCGCUGUGUCCCUCACACGCCUGAAUGAUCAUGGUAGCGAGCUUCAGUACUAAGAAUCACCACGAGAAAAUCUGCCUCUGAAUGGGGAGCGGCGCCUGGCGUGGUAGAGCUGUCCCGGGAUAGUGUGUGGCCUGGCGUGUGGUGGGUGUCGGGCACGGGCGGCCACUGGCGUCCGUGGGCGCAUACUUGGCGUGGUCCCCGGGCGGUGCCACGGUUUUAGCCGCGCAGGUGUGGGGCGCUGGGCGGACAGGGCGAGCAGUGUGUGUGGGGCAGAGCUCCCAGCCGUGCCCGUGCCCGUUCUCCGUGGAGCAGUUCGCCUUGGUAUCCCACGCUCCGGCCGACAAGCAGUGUAAUGGGUGCGGGGGCAUGGUGGUAGCCACGUUGUGGGGAGUGUGUGUCCAUGUGGCGUAAGGAACCCCACGCGAAGGUGCGGCAGUGGAUAAGGACAGACAAUACCAGGAACAACAAUAACGACAACAAUAGGAAAAAUAGAAGUGGGAGAAGAAGUGUUAGCAACAAUAGAAGCUGCAGCAAAAGAGGCAGCACAGGGGUAGUGCAGCAGCAGCAGCAGCAUCAAUAGCAGCGGCAGCCGCAGCAGAAACAGCUGCAAGCCCUAACAGUCUCGCCGAGGUAUGAUGCUUGACGGCGACACCAUGGACAUGUCGGCCAGCAACAGCGCGGCCUCCUCGUCUGCCGGGGGAGGCGCUGGCGUAGACUCGACGGUGGUCGGCGAGGACCCAGUGGUGGUGGCUGGGAACAGGCGAGGCCGCGCCAAGGCAAAAGACAAGCCCAAGAAAAAAAGAUUCCUCAGUGCCUCCUCCAAGUCACUCUCAGCAAUUCCUAACAGGAUUCAACUUUCAAUGCUCAAUUCUGGACUCAUCCAUAUAACUGAAGAAGACAAGGCCAUCGGCGCCAUCCCCACCAAGCCUAUCGAGUCCAAAGACCUGUCGAAGAUAUGCGCUCAGCACCGCCGCUAUCCCGUCCUGUACAAAGUAGAGUUUCAGAUGGCAUCCAAGACUGACCCUCAUUCCAUGCGCCACGCCCUCAAGGAAGCCAACGAGCUCAAGAACACCAGCAAAAAAAGCUUAGCCUACGAUUACAACAGGGUGGUGCUGGACCCGCUGCCUGACGCCCCGGACUCAGACUACAUCAACGCCUCCUAUGUCGACAGCCUGCUGACCCCCAAGGCUUACAUCGCCACGCAGGGACCGCUGGAGAAUACAAUCGUUGACUUCUGGAGGAUGGUAUGGCAGCAGAAGACUCGUUUAAUCGUUAUGCUCACCAAGACCUUCGACUUCAUCAAGGUGAUGUGUGUGCAGUACUGGCCGGCCAUGGUGGGCUGCUCAGACCGCUACGAAGGCAUCAAGGUAGACCUGCUCAAGGAGGAACAGCUCGCCAACUUCAUGAUCCGGACCAUCAAACUCAGCCUGGAGGAAAAUCCCGAUGAGGUGAGGGAGAUCGUCCAGUUCCAUUACACAGAGUGGCCGUCACACACCCAGCCCUUCAUCAACGCCCUCCUUGAGUUCAGACGAAGAGUGCGGAUAUGGAUGAGAUCAAACAUAACGCCAGCAGAUGGGCCCACUGUUGUCCACUGCAGUGACGGCGGCGCCAGAACAGGUGUAUAUCUCGCAGUGGACUCCAACCUGGAGCUGCACGAGGAGGACGGCAAGCUGGACGUGUACGGCUACGUCAAGAGGAUGAAGCAGGCGCGGCCGGGCCUCAUAGAGACUGUGUCUCAGUACCGGUUCACCUACGACGCUUUGGAGGAGUUCCUGUUGUGUGGCUACUCUUUCUUCCCCGUCAGUGAACUCUCGCAGCGGCUCAAACACAAGUCCAUGAAGGGUCCCCACAACAAGAGUGAAUACCAGAUAGAGUUUGAGAAAAUUUGCAAGAUGACGCCACGGUUCACCAUCGGAGACUGUGCGGGAGGCCACCGAGCAGAUAACAGAGUCAAGAACCGCAAUGUGUUGUGUGUGCCACCUGACAACUUCCGGCCGUACAUCACUUCAUUCCAAGGCAACAACAAUACUGACUACAUCAAUGCAGUCUGCGUCGAUGGGUACUUGAGGCCCAGGGAAUACAUUGUAACCGAGUUUCCCCUCAAGUCGACCAUCUCAGACUUCUGGUCGCUUGUGUACGACCAUGAGGUGACCUCCGUCGUAGUCCUGUGCAACCCCUCACCCUUGGAGGCCUCGACCUACCCUCCAUUCUGGCCGGAGAAAAGCAAGUCAGUCAAGUACGGCCCCGUGUUCACCAUCGACCACGUGAGUCACCAACACUACCAGAACAUUCGCUCCUGGGUCUUCAAAAUUACGAAAAAGAUAUUGUUCCCCCAGCGCAGCCAGCUGGGCACGUAUGACACCGGUAAACACAUCGUCUCGCUGACUGAGUUGAUGGCGGGCAUCAAGGCAGAGCCCAAGUCGUGCCAUCUCUUUCAGCUGAUGUGUUGGCCGCAGGGACACAAGGUGCCCACCUCCACUAACGCCCUGGUAGAACUGAUGAACAUGGUAGAGAGGUGGAGGCAGCGGACUGGCUAUGGCCCCGUUGUGGUGGUCAGCCCGGACGGCAUGAGUCGAGCGGGCGUGUACUGCGCGGCCAAUGCAUGUAUUGAGCAGGUGGUGCAGCACGGCGAGGUGGACGUGUUCCAGGCCGUGCACACCGUCAGGCGACACCGACCACAGCUCAUUGGAAACAUGACAGAAUACAAAUACUGUUAUGAUCUCGUCCUGCACUAUGUCCUUCACUUCCUGUCCAAGGAGGUAAAAAAGUGACGCUGAGGCUCAAGAGUUGAAGCAAAGCCCCGCCAGGACAGCGCUCACCCUCCCCCACCCUGUAAACCUGAACUAACAGUGGCGGUGGUGGUGACUAAUGUAGUGCAGUCUCCUCCUGUACUAACUUGGAGGUCUCCCGUGAACUAUACUGUGACUAUUGACAUAUUUACUCCACCCUGCUGUUGAACACCUGGCUCAUACCUGCCGUGGCACGGUCUCUUUUCCAGGACGACGAAGAAAACAAUCAAGGGUCGACUCUCAAAGAAAUACCGAGAUAAAGGUGUUCGAUGCUUUGGCAGGCAUUACUCAAGACACAGGAUGCUCUUCCCUCCUCUCCUGUACAUCUUGUCGCAUCUCUCCUUCUCUCACACUCCUGUUCUCCUUGUCUGUUCUCCAUUCUGCUCAUUGCCGUUACGUGGUGUUGUUAUUGUUUUGUUAAUGUUGUGAGUUAUGAAAAGUAACAAGCCAGUGGCGCCUUACUGGCCCAGACAGAUCUCGCUAUAACAAUGUGCUAGGGAUUUGUGCAUCAGAGCUUCACGGUAAAAGAUCUUCCUCUAAGAAACACUUUGUUCACCUUCCAAAGAAAAGAGAAAAUAACGGAAAAGAAUGAUAUCAAACUUGCCUCACUCUCCGAAGCAAAAUUAAAGGAAUUGUGACCUUAUAGGAAUGUUUUAGAAAUUACAUGACUGUCUGGCAUUCAUUUAACACUAAGCUAUUGGUGUUACCCGAAGUCGCAAUGUGCAGAAGGACAGUGUUGCUCUAAGUGCGUCAGCUGCGGCGACAUACAGCACCCAGAACACUAAGACUUUGUUCACAGAAGACUGAGAGUGAAGACCAGGAGUGGCAACAUAUUUGGAUCACUAUGACCUCUUGCGACCUAUACAAUAUUGUUCGAUUAUUUUUUGAUUAACAGUUUGACAAUAAUACACACACACUCACACACACACACACACACACACACACACACACACACACACACACACACACACACACACACACACACACACACACACACACACACACACACACACACACACACACACACACACACACACACACACACACUUCUGUGAGGUUUUCCUGGUCAAUAGACUCUUUUUUCUCCCGGUAAUCUUGCAGCCCCUAAUAUAAGCAACUUUCAGAUAUCAUGUAUCGUCAGUAAGAAAAAUUAGUCUUGCGGUAUUUUCACCAUUAGCUGCUUGAUGCCCAAUAUAACUGAAUGUGUGUGUCGAGUAGACAGUGAAGGUCUUUGUGAUAAUUUUGUACAGAAGUACAACACACUCCGGUGGUGUGGGAGAAGACAGAUGCACUUCCAUAUUGAGUUGAGUUAUAUUGACAUGAAUGGUUAAGUAAACGAUGGUUUUCGUUAUCGUUCCUUUUGAUGUGUUUUUUUUUUUUUUUGAUGUUCGAGUCUUUUUUUAUGAGAACCUUUUAUUUUUAGUUGUGUCAUGAUUUACUGUUGUUGACUUAGUGGUAAGCUUGUAAAUAUUUGUGGUGGGUGGUGAGUUAUGAAUUCCAAUGGAAGCAGAUUUUAUUUUGGUGCACAAGCCAGAAUUAUUGUAAGAGGCUGAAGUGUGAUAACCCUUCCUUAGUUCCUUCACACUUAGCUCACCCACCCCGUCAAGUGUUGUUACUCCUGGAACAUCGCAACAUACUGGUGGAGAAUGUUAUGGUGUACAUUUUAUGUGGUGUACGUGUGGCGUGGUGCGCUGCGUGCCUGGCUUGGUGUGGACGAGAAGGGCAACUGACGCCCAGUACAAUCAUUCCUUUCCCCGUGUCUCAAAGACGUGGCCGUACCUGAGGUGCUGGCUAGCCCGCGAUGGCUAUCUCACUCUGCUCAGACCAAGUGUUGGCCAAAGUAUCUCAUCAAACAGUGUGGUCUUGUCCCUCACGGAAAACACCUGCGCCAGUAGAGGGAGAGUGCGGCCCACUGCAGUGUUUAUAGUGUGUUCGUUGGUUACUUAACACUUUUGUAGCUUUCGCCCUUGACGCCAUGGCAGUCGGACGGUGCUGGUACUCCUCCACGGGAGUGCGAGCGUCACCCCGACUCUGUGGUGUUGGUGUUCUUGGGAAUGGUAAAAAAAUGUAAAUAGUGAAAUUAGAAUGUUUUUACUUUCUUGUGUUAGUAAUUGGUAUAUUAUAUUACAUAUUUUUCAGAUUGUUAAUGCAAUUUUCAGCAUAUAUUUAAUUAUUUUUAGCAUAGUAACACCAGUGCAUGCAGAUGCUGCUCACUGCAAAUCGCGUGAGCAGCAGCUCAGCGCAAUAACACGUGCUGCAUGACAAAGUUCUCUCUAUGCGUACAAUACUUCCCAAAACACCAAACACGAUGCACGUCAGAUUUAGAAAUUAGAAAGCAAUUUUGCAACGCGCAAAACAUUUGUUAAUUUCUUCCUAAAGCGAAUGUAGAUUUGUUUCCCGAUAAUAAGAAUCACACCCAUUCAUUUUUCCUUGCUCACCGGCACUCACCGACACUAUUCCUCAGGUUUAUGAUAAACCUCGUCACGAAUAUAAACAUAAUUCAUUACGCUAAGAUAUUUUCUGUGACUAACCAGUCCUUACUCAAGCCUUACCUGAAAUGGCGGCACUUCCGCCUCGCCGGGACUCGACCGGCAGCCCAGGGAGUUUGCAGUCUGAAAAUGCAACAAGAUACUGCUCACUAUGAAAUCUGGAGACAUUUACACACUGAGCGUGCAUGUUUGCACUUACUGAGAGUUGUAGUUCGGAACAUUAUACCCUAACACUAGACGUAACUUUUAGUUUCAUAAAUUGUCCAGCAGUAUCGGGCCGCUUAGACACUGCUGUGUGUAUAUAGAUGUAGCUGUUCUUAUACCCUUGAGCCUGGUGAUGAAACACGUCUUUAUGGGCACCACCUGCGCGUGACCCACCUGUGUCGCAGUGAGCUGCGUUUCGCUCGCCGCAUGGGUCACAUCAAGUGUGACCCGCGUAGUGAAUCAAGUCAUACUAAGCUUUUAGAAGUACAGCGAACAUAUCAGUAUUCCGGUUACAGUCGUAGUAGGGAAUUCUAUAUCAUAUUUUGAAAAAAAAAAACAAAUCAAAAUUUCGGCGGGAAAGGCAGACACUCUAGAACCCAAAAAGCUGGAAUACUUCAUUAUUAUUAGCAUCUCCGAAAUGAAUGACAGGAAUGCGCUUUAAAAGCAAUCCCAUUAUUUCACUUGAAUAAAAUAGCAACAGAGUUUGCAACUCAGGGAGACUUUCAUGAAGAAAAAACCAUGAGACAUGUGAUGAUUGAAUCGGAUAAUUAGUAUUUCCUUUUCUAUCAACACGUGUGGGUCACUACUGUGGGUAAAGAUGUCUCCCGCUGCCCUCGGCAGUUCAGCCUCCCUCCCUCGCCCUCUGCGUCUGAGUGCUCAGAGGGCGCGGCUCUGGUCAGGAAUACAUUAAGGAUAGUUAUUUCCUUUGCGCCGUUAAUUAUUUUAUUUAUUUAUUUACUUAUUUUAUAUAAUUUUCGAUAAAACACACACACACACACACACACACACACACACACACACACACACACACACACACACAUAUUUAUUUUCUUUUCAGUCGCUCAUCAUUACUUUCAGUACACGCAACGCGAAUUCUUAUUUAAUAAGGCUAAAACUCUUGUCGCGCGGCGUUAGUCGCCCGGCAUCAUGUGCUGGCUUGCUGUUUGUAACAUGGACAGUUUUGUUAAGAAUCCCAUUCACACAAUGUAUAUAUGAUUACAUGUCAGACGAGCAGGUAUUUUCUUAGCCCUGUAUUGUUGGGAAUGAUAAUUCUUGUGAAAUACUGUAACAGGCAAAUAAAAGUCGAUCUAUCACAGAUCUUCACCCUUUUCGUUAGUAGGUAUUAAGGAAACGUUAUCUAAUUAUGUUACGUCAGCACGUCUAGCAGCAAUACUACACGAGGUGGUUGACGUGCAGUGCACACAACAUCUCACACUAGAAGCACUCACUUGCCUUGUUCAGGAAUGAUGGUCUUGUGCCCCGGUUUAUAUUAAUAAAAUGCCCCAAAAUCAU